AUGGAGAAAUAUUUUAAAAGAAAAUUGAUGGAACCAUCAUCUCCUUUGAAGAAAUGUAAUAAUAGUAAUGAAAGGUCAAUCACUGAAGUAAAAUUAGAAGAUUUACCAGCAAAUCCUGGUCUAAGGAUUAGAAUUCUUGAUUACAAUUGUAAUAUUCGUGAUGAAGUUCGUAGAGCAUAUCUACAAAAAGGACCUUGCCAACCUCGAAAUCAUACUUUUCCGUUGAAGAAAUUCGGGUCACAGUCAAGAAGAUUUAAUCCAAUUUGGUUUACUGAAUAUCCUAAUUGGUUGGAAUAUAGUAUUUCAAAAGAUGCUGUCUACUGUUUAUGUUGUUAUUUAUUCAAAUCAGAAGUUGGAGAACAAUCAGGACGUGACCAUUUUGUUAGUGAAGGAUUUUCAAAUUGGAAGAAAAAAGAGAAAUUGCAAACUCAUGUUGGAGGACCAAAUAGUGCACAUAACCAAGCUUGGGGCAAAUGUGAAGCUCUUUUAAAUCAAAAGAUUCGAUUAGGUGCAACAAUUGAUUGUGCUCGAUUUUUGUUACAACAAGGUCUUCCAUUUCGUGGGUAUGAUGAAACUGAAGAUUCAAAAAUUCAAGGUAACUUUCUUGAUGAAAACUUGAAAUUGACUGCACCAGACAUCCAAAAAGAUAUUGUGAAUUGUAUUGCAGUAGAAAUUGUCAAUUCAAUCAUACAAGAUAUUGGUGAUAAGUUGUUUUCAAUUUUGAUUGAUGAGUCGAAGGAUAUAUCUUCAAAGGAGCAAAUGUCAAUUGUGUUGAGAUAUGUAGACAAAAGGUGUGUGAUUGAGCGAUUUGUCGGUAUUGUACAUGUUACCGAUACAAGUUCUUUAUCACUUAAAGAAGCUAUUGAUGGAUUCUUUUCUAUACAUGGAUUAAGCAUGACAAGUUUGCGUGGACAAGGUUAUGAUGGAGCAAGCAAUAUGCGAGGAGAAUUUAAUGGAUUGAAAACAUUAAUUUUGAGAGAAAAUGAAUGUGCAUUUUACAUUCAUUGUUUCUCUCAUCAACUUCAAUUAGCUUUGGUAGCUAUUGCAAAAAAUCAUGUAGAGAUCGCUAGUCUUUUUCUUUUAGUUGUAAAUGUGGUGAAUGUUAUUGGUGCAUCAGCAAAACGUCGAGACAUGUUAAGAGAGAAACAUAGUGCCAACACUUUUGAAGCUCUGAAUAAUGGUGAGCUGUCAAGUGGAAGAGGAUUAAAUCAGGAAACAAUGAUUAAACGACCAGGAGAUACACGGUGGGGAUCACACUACAUCACUUUGGUGAGAUGUAUUUCAAUGUUCUCAUCCAUUUGUGAGGUACUUGAGAUAAUCAUAGAUGAUGGAUCAAAUUCUGAACAAAAAUAUGAAGCAAAGGUUCUAAUGAAUUCAAUCCAAUCAUUUGACUUCGUUUUUCAUGUGCAUCUUAUGAAAACUAUCUUGGGAAUCACAAAUGAUUUAUCUCAAGUACUACAGAGAAAAGAUCAGGAUAUUGUGAAUGCAAUGAAUUUGGUCAAGAUUUGUAAAGUAAGAUUACAGUUAAUGACAGAGUCAAGAUGGCAAUCAUUGUUGGAUGAAGUUUCAAGUUUUUGUAAUAAGCAUGUUAUUGACAUGCAACUUCAAGAGUUAAAUAAUCGUUUCAGUGAGAAAAGCACCGAGUUGCUUCUUUGUGUGGCAUGUCUCAAUCCAAGCAACUCAUUUACUGCUUUUGACAGACAAAAGCUCAUUUGCCUUGCACAAUUUUAUCCUAGAGAUUUUUCAACUACGGAGCUUCUUAUUCUUGAAGAUCAGCUUCAAAAUUACAUCAUUGAUGUGUGUUCAGAUAAUAUGUUUGUUGGGUUAACAAGUAUUGGUGAUCUUUCUCAAAAAAUGGUGAUAACAACUAAAGAUAAAGUGUACCCAUUAGUCUAUCGAUUGCUUACCUUAGCAUUGAUCUUACCAGUUACAACGGCUACCGUGGAGAGGACAUUUUCUGCUAUGAGCAUUAUAAAGACUUAG